AUGCACUCGACCUCAUCCACGGACGGGCUUAACCAGGUCCCUUUCAGCGUUGAAGAUCCAGAUUACCAGGGGCUUGAGCUGGAUCUGAUUUCCCCAUGUGAGAAGCACGACAUGGCAUCUGAGAGGCUUGUUGCCUUUGAAGGAACAGACACAGGCAGGAGGUUUUUAGCAUGUGCACAGCCGGAAGGGGAGAAUUGUGGGUUUGUUGAAUGGGUUGAUCAUCAGUGGCCCCCAACAAUGCAGAAUGCAUUGUUGAAGCUGUGGGCAAUGGUUGAAGAUAGCAAGAGUGCUAGGAUGAAUGAUAAUCUUGAAAGUGCUUUAACUAUUCACCAUCUGACAGAAGAGAAGAACAACCCGGAGGCCAACUAUGACAAAAGUGAACUGGUGGCUGAUAUGAAGGCAGAGAUGGCAAAGAAAGAUGCAGAGUCGAAGAAGCUUAAUCAGAAGUAUCAACUGCUGAGAAGCCCCGGCCUCGCCUCGGCGUCUGUUGCUCGCCUCGCGGCUGCUGUUAAACCGCCGCUCCCUUGA